AUGGGCAUCUGUGGUCUAGGAAUAUUCGAGGCUUUGAAAAUUCCUUCUUCGAUAGCCACUUUUUCUGGAGUGCAUAUGGACGCCAUAUCCAAAAACAUUGGAGAACCAGCAAGUUUAGAAAGAUUUCCUGGAUUCCGAAAUGAUUUUGGAAAUACUACAGUAUUUAUUCGAGGUUUCUUUGUGCACUAUGUGGUCUGUAUAUUUGGUGCAAUGCAAGUAGAAAUCUAA